UUUGUCAUUACCCAAAUGCUUCUAGCUUCUUUGGGUUGUGGGACACUACCACCCCUUGCAGAUGGAGACAUUGAGGUUCUAUACCAGUACAGGAACGGAGACAGGGUUAAAUACAUCUGUCAGAAUCACUACAUCAUGGAGGGAGAGCCCUACAAAACCUGCAUCAAUGGUGAAUGGAUUGGACAGAUGAGAUGCCUCACUUCUUCGGAUUGUGGAAAACCAACACCCCUUGAAAAUGGAGACAUUGAGGGAACUGUUGGACACGAGUACAGGAACGGAGCCAAGGUUAAAUACAUCUGUCAGAAUUACUACAAAAUGCAGGGUGGUCCUCACAAAACCUGCACCAAUGGUGAAUGGAUUGGACAGAUGAGAUGCCUCAAACCCUGCACUGUGAAUCGCCAAGACAUGACUACACAUAAUAUUGGCUUCAGACAUGUUGCAAACAAUAAAAUGUAUUCAGAACAUGAUGAUAUAAUUGAGUUCAUGUGUACCAGGGGAAGACAUGACGGCGCAUUGAACAUGCGUCAGAAAUGUAAUGAUGGUGUAAUGCUCCUUCCUACUUGCCACUAAAGCUUUUUAGUCAACUGGAUGUGAUGACCAUGAACUAGCUGGACAAACAUGUACAUGAUUAACCAAAGUAAAGAGUUCGACCAGUUCUUUCCUAAUCAAGUGUGUGUAACCCAGUGCUCUGUGUGGUCAUUCUAAUAAAACAAAUAUGUUGACUUGG